AUGCACAACAUAGGGAUGGGUUUGAGGCCCUACAUCAGUAGUAAUCUCUUGGAGGCAAAAGAACUUCCUGAAGGGAACAUGCUACCGCAGUCUGACGUCAGGUGGAGAGAAGACAUGAAAGAGAAUAACAAUAUUUUUCUAUCGUCACUUGGCAAAAGUGCAGAAAGGAGAGUCUUCCCUACUAACAGAAGAUCUAUUGAUUUAUCCAUGAGUGUGGGACUCCAUAAAGAAAGAGGGAAUGCAAGUAACAGGUUUUCUGAAGGAAUUUACAAAGGAAUUACUGAGAUUGACGUGUUCCCUGAACAGACUAACAAGCAGUCAGAUUCAGUCAUCCCAGAGAAGGAGAAAUUGCCACAAGGAUAUCCAUUGCCUUACUUCGGAACAGAGCUGGACUUGAACUCCCAUGGUGAGAUUGAUGCUACGUUAGGCUGCCAACAGCUUGAUUUGAAUGGCUUCAGUUGGAAUUGA